CAAAUUAACUAAUAUCCCGCCCGUAGGACGGGCCGACCCUAGUUGUAAAUAAGAAAAAGAGAGACAGGGCCACAAAGUCGUCGAUUUCACAAAUAGUUCAUCAAGUCUUUAUCUUUCUCAAUUGUAAAAUGAUUAGAAAAAAAAAAUGUAAAAUAAAAAGAGGGAGAUAGAGAGAAUGAACAUUAAGGGCUGUUAUGAACUAUAUAUAUGAAGUAGAAGUGACGAAGAUGCGUGCGCUGGUGUGUUGGAAAGGCAAAGCUAGCACAUGCUCCAUAUUGUUCACAGCUUGAGCUUCUCACUUGCGUCAGGGAUAACUAUUUUAUGUACCUUAUUACUUUCACUGAGAAUGUACCCUUCAAUUCUCAGCCGCUGGAUCCCAACUAAUCGCAACAUAUUAGCAAACCACCAAAACAAAACAAAUAAACCUAAUUCGAAGAGGAAGGGAUUGUAAUCGAAUAAUGGUGUAUCAAGGGAGAUCCUGAGUAUAGACAAAAGAAACAUUGGCAUAUGAUUCCCAUAAUUCAAGAAAAUAAUUUACAAAAACAUAAAAUCUCAAAGUUGUAAAUCUCAGGGACGGAAUGAUGUCAUAACUUUUUGUUAAAAAAUCAGAAAGUUUAGAUUCUUUAACUCAUUGUUCUCAAACCGAAUUUGAAUUUAGAUCAAAGAAAAAUAGUGUAAUCACCAUUCUUGGUAGUAUAUCCCUUAUAUUUCUUACACGUAUUUAUUGUUAAAGCUAGAUGGGCUUCCAACCUAAAACCAAUUGGUACUAAGUGGAGUUGCCCAUCCAUCUUAUAUAUUGCUAAGGAUCCCUUCUAAUAUCUGAUGUGGGACACUUAUCCCUAAUACGCCCUCUCGAGAUGAUGGCUCUUUGAGCGUCAAUCUCAGAAUGUUCGGGCAAGGAUCGAUGAGCCGACUUUGGGCUGGAUCGAUAAUGGAUUGGAUUGAACUGCAUGGAUCAGGCUCUGAUACCAUGUUAAGCUAGAUGGGCUUUCAACCUAAAACCAAUUGGUACUAAGUGGAGUGGCCCAUCCAUCUUAUAUAUUGCUAAGGAUCCCUUUCAAUAUCCGAUGUGGGACACUUAUCCCUAAUAUUUAUAACCAUACAUUUCUUUUUUUUUUCUUUUUUUUUUUGGUGUUUAACCAUACAUUUUGUUAUUGCUGCUAAAAGUUUAACCAUACAAGUUCAUGAACGACAUGGAUUAACUACUAAGAAUAUAGUAUACAUUAGGGGAAACCUCACUACCCUUACAACCUUUGAUUAUUUUCAUACACUAUAAUAACAAUAUCUAGAACCUCUUAAGAUCUAAUGUCAUUUAGGAAAAAAAUUAUCAAAAGAGAAUUAACAAAAUUUCAAUACUAUAUAUUUAAAAUGUUUACUGCAAAAACAAUAAAAACAAAAUAAUGAUUGAAAAGAAAUGUCAUCACGCAAAACCUUAAAGGUACUAUCGAUGUCGUGUCCUCUUCAUUUACAUCAAAUAGUUCCCACAGUUUCACAUCAAUUUAACUAUUUUCACAGUUUUUCUCUCUCACACUCUCAUACCUACGCAUAAUACUAUAUUAGUACCAUUACUCAUCUCUCUUUCACCACCAAACACCUCUGCAUAUCCUCUCUACUGUCUCUCUCUCUCUCUAACUCCGAAAAAUGUUAGGCAACCAUUACUCAAGAGACAUCCACCACAACACUCUCUCCCUGCACCCUCAUCAAAACGACACCGCAUCACAUAAAGAGUCCUUGUUCGAGAAAUCACUCACACCAAGCGACGUGGGAAAGCUAAACCGUUUAGUCAUACCAAAACAACACGCCGAGAAAUACUUGCCUCUCAACAAUGGAGGCGGUGAGGUGACGUCUGAGACGACUGAGAAAGGGAUGCUUCUUAGCUUCGAGGACGAGUCAGGCAAGUGUUGGAAGUUCAGAUACUCGUAUUGGAACAGCAGUCAAAGCUACGUCUUGACCAAAGGAUGGAGCAAGUACGUCAAAGACAAGCACCUCGACGCAGGGGACGUUGUUUUCUUCCAACGUCACCGUUUCGAUUUCCAUAGACUCUUCAUUGGCUGGCGGAGACGCGGCGAGGCUUCUUCUCUUUCGGCCGUGUCUCAAGAGGCUAGAGUUAACACGACGGCGUACUGGAGCGGCUUGACUACACCUUAUCGCCAAGUAGAAGCGUCAACUAGUUCUUAUCCUAACAUUCACCAAGAGUAUUCACAAUAUGGAGCGGUCGCUGAGACACCGACGGUGGUUGCAGGGACCUCGAGGACGGUGAGGCUAUUCGGAGUUAACCUCGAAUGUCACGGUGACGUCGUUGAGCCACCACCGUGUUCCGACGGCUACAACGGCCAGCACAUUUACUAUUAGUCAACUCCUCAUCCCAUGGUGUUGGUUUCCUGAAACAGAAUAUCUCAUUUGCUGAGGAAACAAUGGAGCAGGUUGGAGAUGGACGAGGUUGAUGAUAUCCAAAGAGAAGUGACAACUUUUUAGAUCUUGACGUUAGGUUUUGGGCCCCUACUUGGCGCAAUUAUUGUCAUAGAGAAAACACCACAAAAGGAAGAGAACUAAUACCAGUGUGACUUCCUUAUGUAUUUAUAACUAUUGACAAAAAAAAAAAGUAUCUACUAUCUACUAUUCAA